AUGCAGCGGGCCGGGGGCGGGGUUCUGCGGCCCGAGAGCGGGCUCGGGCUCCCGGACAGCCCCCGCCGGCCGGACCCCGCCGCCCUCCUGAUGCUGCUCCUAGACGCCGAGCCGCCGGAGCCCGUGCGCAGCGGGGCGCGCGAGCUCGCGCUCUUCCUGACCCCCGAGCCCGGGGCAGAGGCAAAGGAGGUGGAGGACACCAUCGAGGCGAUGAUCCUGGGCCUAGAGGAGUUCUGCAGCCUGGCCGACGUGAUCAGGAGCGACACCUCGCAGAUCCUGGAGGAAAACAUCCCGCUCCUUAAGGCGAAGGUGACGGAGCUGCGUGGCAUCUACGCCAAGGUGGACCAGCUGGAGGCCUUUGUCAAGAUGGUCGGGCACCACGUCGCCUUCCUGGAGGCCCACGUGCUUCAGGCUGAGCGGGACCACGGGGCCUUCCCCCAGGCCCUGCGGAGGUGGCUGGGCGCCGCGGGGCUCCCCUCCUUCAGAAACAAGGCGCCAGCGCCGCCGGCCUAUGAGCUGCCCACGUUGUACAGGACCGAGGACUAUUUCCCUGUGGACGCCAGGGGGGCCCAGCAGCCGAGCCCCUAGCUGCCGGCAGCACCGUGAGCUCUGCGCUUGUCCCCUCAGGACCCGGGGAAGGGCCCUGCCUUGCCUCCGUCAUAGUUUCUCGCAUCCCCUCCCCUGUAGCCAGAACCCAUGUGUGCCUCGGGGCUUAGCCGACCUUGUAGAGGGACCGCGGCUGGGGGGGUCGUGUUGGUCGCGUUCCCCCUGGCCCUGUGGAUGAUCCCAAUAAAGGUGUCAGGAGCUUGUGCGUGGUCUGGGUGUCAGAGCUGCGGGGUGAUGGCUUCCGCUCGUGUGAGUGG